AUGCUCUCGACUAAUAGAGGAGGAAACCCUGCUCUAACGCCGACCCUUCUCCCUUCUGACCGGCUGCCAGACCCUUCUGGCCCCUCGACAAUAGCCGAUCUACUUCUGUUGAUGAUGGAUAUGGCUUCUGUCAUCUCUUCUGUUAUGAUUAUUGAUUCUUCUUUUGUGUCUGUUCAUCAACAGGUGAACCAGAAUCUUGUGGUGAUUAAGCAGCCUGCACAGGCCACUGUGAAGGGGCAUCUCAACAUCUCUUCUCUUAUGCUAAGGCGGUCACAAGUUUGA